AAGAAAAUCAUCGCCUACUCUGCUGUCCAGUUCUUCUGAUAAUCCUGGUCAUUAGUCCGUACAUGCUUUCAGUUUCUUCCUGCGAAGAAGCGUACUCCUGACGUGAGGAAGUAUCUGUCAAGAAGCAUAGAGGCUAAGCUCGUUUAUCGGCCAAGAAGCUACUUCGUGGCCCAUUCACGACACGUCCUAAUCGUGGCUGCUUCUCUAGUGUUAUCAGCUGCAGCGCGCUGCAAGCCAGCCGUUUAUCGGACAAGAAGCUACGUCGUGGCCCAUUCAAGACACGUCCUAGUUGUGGCUGCUUCUCUAGUGUAUCAGCUGCAACGCGUUAAGAUCACCCGCGAUUCUUCGUACAGAGGCCGUCACUGCAAGCCAGCCGUAAUACCCAAGGUCUCGUCCGACUGUGACCGACUGAUACGGGCUCUCUGUUCGUCGGCCUCAGCUUUCUCCAUGGCCCCGACGGAGUCAUUCCGAGGCUGCUGCACACUGCCUUGUCGUCUCUUGAGUCGACUCAGAAGUCGUCGGCCUGAGCUUUCUCCAUGCUCCUGAGUCAUUUCAAGGCUGCGCACUGCCAUGGCGUCCCUCGCCAGAAGGCGAUGCCUCUCUGCAUUCCUUCACGCCGCUGAAACCGCCGCGGGAACGCCUAAACGUCCCCCUAGACCUCCCCAGAACCGCCUCCAAGCCGUUAUAAGCAGCUCCGUUAGCGCUUCCUGCUCCUUCAGCGGACGUCCCGAAACUAGUAGUUUCCGUGCCACCACCGGCGGCUGUGUGUUGCUACUCAACCCAGCAUCCGCUCGAGACGCUGCUUGCCCAGUCAGCCCUUUUAGCCAGCACGAGCGAGCCUUUCCCGCCAGCCAUGGACUUCCGAGACGUUUCAAAGGCCACGCCAGUCACGCGUGGCUGUUGCCAGCAUCCCAGUGUUGCCAGCAUCCCAGCAUCCCGCCUAUGGGAGCAAGCUCGUGUCAGCCACCCGAGACAACAAGCUCGUUACAAGCGUCGUUCCUACCUCGCAGAUCAUUCCAACCUUCCAGGUCGCUUUCAGUAGCGGCGCAUUCGCCUGCUGCGUCUGCGUCGGCAGCAGUGGUGACCGGCCUGCCUGGAGCGGCUGAGCUGGGUGUGAAGGCGCUUCAACCCUCCAGGGGUGAAACCGCGGAGGUUGCAGGCGAGGCGGGCAGGUCGAAGCUGGUGGAGGCGUUUCAGAUCCAGGCGGCGUCCGACCCCAUUCGCGGCUUCAUGGUGGCUCUGCGCAAGUCAGAGCUCAGCUUUGAGACCGGCCUGGCGCUCAGGGACCUGCGGGUGGUGAUAUCCGCACUGCAGAACCAGAUUCCCACGAUUCUCAUCCGUCCGCGCGCCAUAGUGGUGAGUCUGGCGCACGUGCGGGCAGUCAUCACCGCGAACCGCGCCUACAUCCUCAACACCUCCUCGCCCCGCGUGCGCCAGCGCCUCAUCCCCAACCUCCUGCGCCGCCUCUCCGCCUCCCAGUCUGCCGCUGCUGCUGCUGCUGCUUGUUCUGGGGGUGAGUCGCCAGGAGAUGGUGAAUGUAAUUCCUGCUCUCCUGAUUCCGCACAUCCCUCCUCUUCCUCGCCCUCGUUUUCGGGCUCGGAUCCGUUCUUCUCGGGUGCGGUGUCGGUGUUUUCCGACUGCGGGGGCGAGCCGGCUGGGAGAGAGGUGGGUGGAUCUGAGGUGGGCCGGGAGCAGAAGGGGUGGCAGCAGCGGGAGCAGCCGCAGCAGCAGGAGCAGAGGCAGGAGUGGAAUGAGCAAGCAAAAGAGGCACGGGGAGGGGACGACAGCAGGUGUUGGGAGAAUGGGAGGGAGGUGAGGGGAGUGUGCGUGAGAGGACACGAGGACGAAGAUGAGGAGGAGGAAGCGAGGACGCAUGGAGAGAGAAGAGAAGGAGGUUUUUUAGAAGAGGAGAGGGAGGAGAGGAGAGAUAGUAGGAGAGACGAACAGAGAGACAACAGGAGGGACGAUAGGAGGGAUGAUGGGGGGGGUGAUUGUAGAGGGGGGGAUUGGGAGCAGGGGUGGCAGGAGGAGGUGUCUGAGAGGAGGAGGGAGGAAUGGAGGGCGAGGAGGCAGAGAGAGGAGGAGAGGAGAAGGAACAAGCGGUGGCUGGAGGACCUCGAGAAGGAAAGCAAGGGAAGGUUCAGUGAGAAUUCCAACGGGGAGGAGGAGGACGCGGAUGGGCACCUGAUUGGGAGUGACGGGCAAUGGGAGCGGCAUGGGGAGGUGUUUGUGGAGCUGACUCUGAAAGGGGGCCUGCCUUUGAAGACGGGCCAAAAGACGCAAGGGGAGGAGCUGGUGGCGGCCGGGGGGGACGGGAGAGAGGGAAAAGGCUACCAAGGCAAUCAAAGUGGCCAAGGCCCAGCGAACAACAACAGCAGCAGUCCCCUCAGCGCAGCAGCGUUGUCCCUCCCUAGGGUCGCGCCGACGCCGUUCGAGUUCCAGGUGCUAGAGGCCCUUUUGGACGAGGUCGGAGUGACCCUGAAGGUCAAGUACGCGUCCAUAUUCCCUGGCGUGUACCAGGGAUUGAGGGCGUUUGCUGGGGGGCGAGUGCCGUACGAGCGGGCAAUGGCGGAGCAGGAGGCGUUUCUGAGAGCCAAGAACGAGCUGCUGCGGCUGGAGAUGAGCGCCAACCAGAUCUGCAACGCCGUUCGCGAAGUGCUUUCUAACGACGAGGACAUGGCAGAGAUGUACCUGUCGCGCAAAGCCUCUCUUCCCCCAGGGUCAGUGAACAGCGUGGAGCACAGCGAGGUGGAGGAGCUGCUGGAGGACUACCUGAGGCGCAUGGAGGAGGUGGUGGGGGAGGCGCAGCAGCUGCUGUCCAUGUCCGACGCCACCUCGGAGUACCUCAGGACUGCACUUGAUAGUGCGCGCAAUCAGCUCAUUGAGCUGGAUGUGUUGGUCAACAUGGCCACAUGCUCCAUGGCUGUUGGGGGCUCCAUUGCUGCCAUUUUUGGCAUGAAUUUGAUAUCCUCUUUGGAAGAAACCUCAUUAGCAUUUCCCAUUGCAGCAGGAAGUGUUCUUUCAGUUUCUGCUCUUGUAUUCCUGGGUCUACGAACAUACGCUAGGCGACGAGGUAUUACCGGUAUGUGAUAGGAAUUCCCUUCGGCUAUGAUAAGUCGGUAUUGUGAAUUGCUUAGGUCCUUCUGAAAGGCAGUGUGCUUCAUUUCAUAUAGGUAAUCAUACAUCUUCUCGUCCAAUAAGAAUGAGUAGGGCGGGUGGCUGGGGAAACUCAAAUGAGUGAACUAGAAAUGAAGAACGUUGGUGAGG